GAGGGGUACCUGGCCAGGGUGAAGGCCUUGCUCAGCAAAGAACUGUCCGUGGAGAAUGGGGACGCCGCGGCGCUCAGCCAGAAAUCCAACGGGUGCUCCGAGAAUGGCGCUUACGGCAGUGACGAGGACUCGGAGAGAGCCGGCCACGAGGGGGAGGAGGACAGCGCUAUGGAGACGGAGGAAGCCGUGGCAUCCUCCUCCUCGUCAUCGGCCACCAUGUCAAAAACCCGCAAAGCCAGGAGGAGCAAAUCCAACGGCGAGAACAAAAAAUCCCCAGCCAGUUCCAGGGUUACCCGGAGCUCUGGCAGGCAGCCGACCAUCCUAGCUCUGUUUUCCAAAGGAUCCAACAAACGCAAAUCGGACGAGGUGAACGGAGAAGUGAAGCAAGAAACUAAUCCAGAGAAGGAGGAAGAAGAACUAGAAGAGAAGGAGCAAGAUGAAAAAAGAAUUAAAAUUGAAACCAAAGAAGGGUCUGAGAUAAAAGAGGAAGCUACGCAGGUUAAAACCGCACCGCCUGCUAAAACCACGCCUCCCAAGUGUGUCGACUGCAGACAGUACCUGGACGAUCCCGAUCUCAAGUUCUUCCAGGGGGAUCCCGACAAUGCGCUGGAGGAGCCGGAGAUGCUGACGGACGAGCGCUUGUCCAUUUUCGAUGCCAACGAAGAUGGGUUUGAAAGUUACGAGGAUUUGCCCCAGCACAAAGUGACCUCCUUCAGCGUCUACGACAAAAAGGGUCACUUGUGUCCGUUUGACACUGGUCUCAUAGAGAGGAACAUAGAACUGUACUUCAGCGGUGCUGUGAAACCAAUCUACGACGACAACCCUUGUCUAGAUGGUGGUGUCCGAGCCAAGAAACUGGGUCCCAUAAACGCUUGGUGGAUCACUGGGUUCGACGGAGGAGAAAGAGCCUUGAUUGGCUUCACUACGGCCUUUGCGGAUUACAUCCUCAUGGAUCCCAGCGAGGAGUACGCGCCCACCUUCGCCUUAAUGCAGGAGAAGAUUUACAUGAGUAAAAUCGUGGUGGAAUUCCUCCAGAACAAUCCCGACGUCAGCUAUGAGGACUUGCUGAACAAGAUUGAGACAACGGUGCCGCCCGCCGGGCUGAACUUCAACCGCUUCACGGAGGACUCUCUGCUGCGGCACGCCCAGUUCGUGGUGGAGCAGGUGGAGAGCUACGACGAGGCUGGAGACAGCGACGAGCCGCCCGUCCUCAUCACGCCGUGCAUGAGAGACCUGAUCAAACUCGCGGGCGUCACCCUGGGGAAGAGGCGAGCUGCGAGGAGACAGGCCAUUCGGCAUCCCACCAAGAUAGACAAGGACAAAGGGCCCACCAAGGCCACCACCACCAAGCUGGUGUACCUGAUCUUCGACACCUUCUUCUCGGAGCAGAUCGAGAAGAACGAGAGAGAGGAAGACAAGGAGAACGCCAUGAAGCGCCGGCGCUGCGGCGUGUGUGAGGUUUGUCAGCAGCCUGAGUGUGGAAAGUGCAAAGCCUGCCAGAACAUGAUCAAGUUUGGCGGGAGCGGCCGGAGCAAACAAGCCUGCCUGCAGAGGAGGUGCCCCAAUCUGGCCGUCAGAGAAGCAGAUGAAGACGAGGAGGUGGACGAUAACAUCCCCGAAAUGCCGUCACCUAAAAAAAUGCUACAGGGAAGGAAGAAGAAACAGAAUAAAAGCAGGAUUUCCUGGGUGGGGGAACCAAUCAAGCGCGAUGGGAAGAAGGACUAUUACCAGAAGGUGUGCAUCGAUUCCGAGACCCUGGAGGUGGGGGACUGCGUUUCCGUCAGCCCCGACGAGCCCUCCAAGCCUCUGUACCUAGCCAGAGUCACUGCGCUGUGGGAAGACAGCAGUGGGCAAAUGUUCCAUGCCCACUGGUUCUGCCAGGGCAUCGACACUGUCCUGGGGAAGACCUCGGACUCGCUGGAGCUCUUCCUGGUGGACGAGUGCGAAGACAUGCAGCUGUCCUACAUCCACGGCAAAGUGAACGUCGUCUACAAGGCGCCCUCGGAGAACUGGGCCUUGGAGGGGGGGCUGGACAUGGAGAUAAAGAUGGUGGAAGACGACGGCAGAACCUAUUUCUACCAAAUGUGGUAUGAUCAAGAGUACGCCAGGUUCGAGUCGCCCCCAAAGCUCCAGCCCUCGGAAGACAACAAGUACAAGUUCUGUAUGAGCUGCGCUCGCUUGGACGAGGUGAGGCAGAAGGAGAUACUCAAAGUCAUGGAGCCCCAAGAAGAGGUGGAUGGGAAGAUGUUUUACGGCCUGGCGACAAAGAACGGCGUGCAGUACAGGAUAGGAGACGGCGUCUUCCUGCUGCCGGAGGCUUUCUCCUUUAGGUUGGUUCUUGCCAGCAUGAAACUGGCCAGCCCAGCCAAGCGCCCCAAGAAGGAGGCCGUGGAUGAGGAGCUGUACCCAGAGCACUACCGCAAGUCCUCCGAGUACAUCAAGGGCAGCAACCAGGACGCCCCGGAGCCGUACCGCGUGGGCCGCAUCAAGGAGAUCUUCUGCAGCAUACGCAGCAACGGCAAGCCCAACGAAGCCGACAUCAAGCUGCGGCUCUACAAGUUCUACAGGCCUGAGAACACCCACAAGUCCGUGAAAGCAAGUUACCACUCGGACAUCAACCUGCUGUACUGGAGCGAUGAGGAAGUGACGCUGGACUUCAAGGCUGUGCAGGGCCGCUGUACAGUGGAGUACGGAGAGGACCUGACGGAAUGUAUUCAGGACUAUUCUGCCAGCGGGUCCGACCGCUUCUACUUCCUAGAGGCUUACAAUGCAAAAACCAAGAGCUUUGAAGACCCUCCGAACCAUGCCCGUAGAGCUGGCAAUAAAGGCAAGGGGAAAGGGAAAGGCAAAGGCAAAGGCAAAUCGGUGUCUGCCUUGGAGCAAAGCAAACAGGAGGCUGCCGAGGUGAAGCUGCCCAAACUGCGCACUCUGGAUGUGUUCUCGGGCUGCGGGGGCCUGUCUGAGGGAUUCCACCAAGCAGGGAUCUCGGAGACGCUGUGGGCCAUCGAGAUGUGGGAGCCGGCCGCCCAGGCCUUCCGCCUGAAUAACCCCGGCACCACGGUGUUCACCGAGGACUGCAACGUGCUGCUGAAACUGGUCAUGUCCGGCGAGAAGACCAACUCGCUGGGCCAGAAGCUCCCGCAGAAGGGGGACGUGGAGAUGCUGUGCGGCGGCCCGCCCUGCCAGGGCUUCAGCGGCAUGAACCGCUUCAACUCUCGCACCUACUCCAAGUUCAAGAACUCCCUGGUGGUCUCCUUUCUCAGUUACUGUGACUACUACAGACCCAGGUUCUUCCUCCUGGAGAACGUGAGGAACUUCGUCUCCUUCAAGCGCUCCAUGGUGCUGAAGCUCACCCUGCGGUGCCUUGUGCGAAUGGGCUACCAGUGCACCUUCGGGGUGCUGCAGGCGGGUCAGUACGGCGUGGCCCAGACACGCCGAAGGGCCAUCGUCCUCGCUGCGGCCCCUGGAGAGAAGCUGCCCAUGUUCCCUGAGCCCCUGCACGUGUUUGCGCCCCGGGCCUGCCAGCUGAGCGUCGUGGUGGACGACAAGAAGUUUGUCAGCAAUAUCACCAGAACGUACUCGGGGCCCUUCCGAACCAUCACGGUCCGGGACACCAUGUCCGACCUGCCGGAGAUCAGGAACGGCGCCUCGGCACUNGAGAUCUCUUACAACGGGGAGCCCCAGUCCUGGUUCCAGAGGCAGAUCAGGGGCUCACAGUAUCAGCCCAUCCUCAGGGAUCACAUCUGCAAGGAUAUGAGCGCGCUGGUAGCUGCUCGGAUGAGACACAUCCCCCUGGCCCCGGGCUCAGACUGGCGCGACCUGCCCAACAUCGAGGUGCGGCUGUCGGACGGCAUCACCACCCGGAAGCUGCGGUACACUCACCACGAGAAGAAGAACGGGCGUAGCAGCACCGGAGCGUUGCGGGGGGUCUGCUCCUGCGCGGAAGGUAAACCGUGCGACCCGGCAGACCGACAGUUCAACACCCUCAUCCCCUGGUGCCUGCCCCACACCGGCAAUCGGCACAACCACUGGGCCGGGCUGUAUGGCAGGCUAGAGUGGGACGGCUUCUUCAGCACCACCGUCACCAACCCGGAGCCCAUGGGCAAACAGGGCCGAGUGCUGCAUCCGGAGCAGCACCGGGUGGUGAGCGUGCGGGAGUGUGCGCGAUCCCAGGGCUUCCCAGACACCUACCGGCUCUUCGGCAACGUCCUGGACAAACAUAGACAGGUCGGUAACGCAGUGCCUCCGCCUCUGGCGAAAUCCAUCGGGCUGGAGAUCAAGUCGUGUGUGUUGGCGAAAGUGAAAGAGGAGGCCACAGAUCACAGCAAACCAGAAAAGAUGGACGUUCUGGACUAGCGUGUAAAUCUCCCAUCUCCUCGUUCUGGCCCCUGGACUCCCAAACAUGCACUGAUUUUUGUUUGUUUUGUUUGAUGACAUGAUGAGGUCUGUCUCCGUUCAGCUGUUCUCAUGACCAGUGUUCGUCUCCUUGGCUGACCUUGGAAGCUGUAUGUGAUGGUCAAAUUAUCAACUACUAAUCAUUUUAGUGAUCGGCUGUGCAGUGCCCCCACCGUGCAUUCUGGAUUUUAAGGAUGAUGUUUUUAUUAUGCAUUGUAUUGAAAAUAAUCAACCACUUGUAUAAAGUGGAAAUUAAUACUUUAUGUAGUUUUUAUAUGUUGUAAUAUUUCUUCAAAUAAAUCUCUCCUAUAAAUUA